UAGAAAUGAAGUCAACAAUUUAAGCCGAUUUCAUAUACAAUAUUAUGUAGAAUUGUUAUUUAUAUCAAAAAUGUCUAGUAAUUUUUAUUUCGAAAAAUGGAAGACGGUACUUAAGCAGUUAAAAUCAUUAGUACAAAUUGAUCAAGAAUAUCAGAUUACCAAAGCACACGACAAGCGACGUUGCCAGGCCGUCGAGCGCCUGACCGGGAUGCUAGCAGCUUACAUCAGCAUUUACAACGAAGUGCUGGAAUGCUCGCAACAGAACUUGCAGGUGCAGAAGACGAAGGAUAUCUAUGCUGUUUUGUAUGCAGUAGUGGACCGCAUUCUUGAACUAAAGCACCAGUUGCGAAAACUAGAAGGAUGUCAGGCCCAAUUCCUGAGUAAAGGUGUGAUCCGUCAUCAUUUAACCGUCGAUGAUGCAGAAUUCCGCGAUAUCCCGGUCAGAGUAGACAGGGAUGAAAAUGCCAAAGAGAUGAUAACUGAUGCCUUUGAUGCAGUUAAAGAGAAAAUACUUCAAAAUGAAUUAGAGCUAGCGAAAGAAGAAGAAAUUCCAGUAAAGGAAUCGAUAGAUGCGUGGUGGGACGAUGAUGUUGACAAAAAAGAUGACGAGACAACCGGGGACAAAUUCAUUCGGUAUGACAAAGUUGAGGAACUUUCCGAAGAAGCACUUAAGAGACGAGAAAUGGUGGCUUUGAUACAGGCGCACGACAAAACUAGGCGAGUGACUCAAUUGAACUUGCAAAGGAUGCAAAAAAGAGAGUUGUGGGAAAAGGAGUUACUAGGAACUUUAGCACCCCAGGCAAGAGAAGAACUCAAAACACGAGCUGCAAAACUAAUACAAAAAGUUUGCGGAGUAUACAUGGAAUUGAAAAGAAAGAAAGUAAGAGAAUGUAAAACAAAUGAAGUAUUGGGAAUCAAACCUUGCGGUGAAUUUAGCUACAGCGAAAGAGACAAAGUAAAAGAGGUGAAGGAUCGACGGGUAGAAAUAUAUAAACAAAUGGACAAAAACUGGAAGCAUCAAUGCGUGCAAAUGAAAGAAGACUUUUAUAAGAGAAAACAUGAGGAAAUUAAAGAACAUUAUCGAGAUAGCACCAGAGAUUGGUUUCGAGAUUGGUACGAAAAAAUCGGUCUUUUCCAUAAUAUACCAAAGAUUAAUAAAGGUGGGUCAGUUGCUAUUUGGCGGGGAGAAAUACCAUCACCUGAAGACUGGUACGAGCAAUAUAAAGAGUAUAUUGCUGCAAAACGACAAAACAAAAGUAAAUCGGCACAAGAGGCAAAGUUAGAAAAGAAGGCUGCUUUAAUGGAACAGAAAAGGUUGAAAUCGGAAGAGAAAAGGAAAAUGAAACUUGAAGAACAGUUAAAACGGAAGAUGAUGAAAAAUCCUAAUAUGCAUCCAGGAUAUAACUACCCGGAAUCCAAAAAGUUUCAUAAAUUAAUAGAGGCUUUAGACCAUUACCACGAAUUAUGGGACCAACUGGAUGCAGACGAGUCUAUGGAAGUAAAACAAGGAAAUGUCAAACAAGUAGACGAAGAAAAUUUAAUUGCAGAAGUGAAACUAGAAAUCGCCACUGAAGUCGAUGACGAUAUGAAGCAAGAACUGAAGAAACUUAAAAAAGCUUUAAAGAAAGAUUAUGAAAAUGCACAAAAACAAAUGCCAGAAUCAAUGCCGAAAGGAAAGACCAGGCGCGCAAAGAAGAAAAAAAUCAAGAAAAGCAAAAAUUCUGACUAUGAGGUUGUUGCAGAAAAAAUGGAGUAUUUGUUGGAAAAUGGUUUUCUGAAAGAGUAUUCUCAGACGAAGUUAGAAGACUUCCUUGGAGAUCACAAUAUGGUCGGUGACGACUGUCGCUGCUUAGACGUAGAGGCGCAUCCAUGCGCCGGUGAAAUAAGAAGCCUCUGGUGGGAGCGUUGCCGAGAAGUUAGCCAUGGAUUUCACAGAAUCCUGGUCGUGGGUCCGGCUGGCAGCGGUCGAUCGACGCUGGUGUACGCGCUGGCUUCUGUCAACGACGCAACACUCUUGGAAGUCAACCCUUUGGCUUUGGACGUGGAUUUGGUGACACCAGAAUACUUGCAAAACCUAAUAAAUGCGCUAGCCGUCUGUGCUCGUGUUGUGCAGCCCGCAGUUAUUUACAUGAAAAAUGUGCACUUAUUAUUUUAUAGGAAGAAAAAGAAAUCUAUCGGAGGUUUUCCGAAUGCAGAACUGAUAAAACGAUAUCUUAUUAAGAAGCUUUUGAAACGGUUUAACAAACAUGAUUAUAUUACUAUUAUUGCCAGCUGCUCCGAACCUUGGCUAACAACCGGGAAACUCCUGAAGCAGUUCCCGGAUGUACUCCUGCUUCCUGACACCACUUACUCAGUGGUCGUUCAAUUGUUAAACAAUUGGGUAAUCAGUAACCGCUGCCUUCCAAGGGACUUGGACGACUACGAACAAUACUUGAAAUGGUACUCAAAGAAGACAUUCUGGGGAAAGAAGGAGACUAAGCAGCUUGAGGAAGCCCGUGAAUUCCGAGCAGCAGUGGAGAAGUACGCAGAAGUUGAGAAAAAGAAGAAUAAGAAAUAUCUGCCAGUGCUGACAGAAACAACUGAAUAA